AUGCCGCCGAUUCGCGGGCACACGUUUCUGUACACGUUCAUCGCGGACGAGGAGGACGCGCGCGCGGAGGGGGCGCCUACAGAGCACACAGCGGCGGACGACGACGCGGACGACACGGACAUGCCCCCGCUGGUGGAGCCCCCCGCGCCGUCGCAGGCGUCGAUGAUGUCCGCGCUCGACUUCUCCGCCGUCGCCUUCGCCGCGCCGCCCUUCGCCUUCGCGCCCGCCUCCAGCGCCGUCUUCCCCGCCGACACGCCCACACCGACCAAGCACGCUGCGGCGCACAUCCCGCGCCCGCCGAACGCGUUCAUCCUCUUCCGCUCGAGCUUCAUCCGCAGCCAGGCCGCGCACGCCGCGCUCGCCGCCGCGCAGGGCGGGGGCAGCAGCUCGCUCAGCAAGCUCAUCGGCCGCCGCUGGCGCGACCUACCCCCCGAGGAGCGCGCGCGCUGGGAGGACAAGGCCCGCGCGGCGCAGGCGGAGCACAGGAGGCGGUACCCUGAUUGGCGGUUCAGGCCCGGGAACGGCAAGAAUGGAAGCGCGAGCAAUAUUAGUUCGCCGGCCGGUGGCGGUGGGAACCCGAAGGGGCGAAGGAAGGGCCGGAUCAAGGACGGCGGGGCGACGCCGGACCGGGAGAAGGAUGGGGAAAAGGAGCGGGAGAGGGAAAGGGAGGAGGAGGGCGAGGUGACGCGCGGGCGGCGGCCGGCGCGGGGGCGCGCGGCGGGGAAGGGCAAGGGCAAGGCGCGCGAGCCGAGCGAGGAGGUGCCCGCGACGGGCAAGGGGAAGGAGCGCGCAACUGCGCCCGAGGCCUCCCCCGACGGCGACGCUAAGCCGGGCCGCGCGCUGUCGGGCGAGCGCACGGCGAAGCGCCAGCGCCAGCGGCACGCGCCGUCGCUGUCCCUGUCGCUCUCGCUGUCGGCGUCUGCAUCUGGGUCCCCGCUGCCGCACCCGCCGCCCACCCCGAGUCCGCUCGCGUCGCCGUUCCUGGGCCUGUCGCCGCCGCAGCACCGCCUGAUGUCCGCUUCGGCGGACGCCUCGCCCGUGGCGGGGGCUGCGUAUGCGUCGCCGGUGCCUGCGCAGGCGGGUGCGAGCCCGGCGGGUGCGAGCCCGGCGGGUGCGAGCCCGGUAGGUGCGGGCGGAGGUGCGGGCGGGGCAGGGGGGAGCGGGCUGAUGCUGCCCCCGCUGACGCAGCUGUACAAGCGCUCGCUGAGCGCGCCGGCGAACGGCCGGGUCGGGAUGUGGCCCGCGCCGCUGUCCCCGCUGGCGCCGGUCGCCGGGCCUGCCCCCGCCCCUGUGUUUGGGCCGGGGCCGGGCGUGGAGGGCCCGGGGGUGUACGUCGCGCCGCCGGCGUAUGUGGAGCCGCAGCCUCCACAGGCGGAGAGCGACGCGUUCCCGCAUCAAGGAGGGUUCCAGCACCACCCGCAGCACCGCCCGCGGUACCUCCCCGCCGCGGGCCCGGCCGCGGGAUACGUCCCAGGCCACGGCCACGCGCGGAGGGACACGGUGUCCCUCCCGCUCGGGCCGCUCUACGCCCCCGCCCCCGCCCCGCCGGCGCAGGACGGCCACGCGCACCCGCACCCGGGCUUCGCGAGCGCGGACCCGAGUAGCGCGACUACGAGCAACAGCCCGCUCUCGCCCGGAGAAAGCGCGUGGGCGGACCGCGGAGUCAGUGCGUUCGCGGAGUACACCCGCGCGCCGUCGCCCGUGCGCGCGCUGUCGCCGCCGCCCUCGCCGUACGCGUCCCCGCCGUACGCGUACGCCGCGCGGCCCCCGGCCAGCGGGAGCGGGGGCACGAGCCCCGCGAUAUCGCGCUUCUCGACGCUCGCGGGGUGGGCCGGCGGCGGCGGGGCGGGCGCUGCGACCCCGGCCGCCGUGCCAGUGUCGCAGGUUGCAGCUGCAGCCCAGAGCCCCGCGCCGCAGCUGUCGCCCCCGCCGCCGCCGGUGCGCACGUCCGGGUGGUACCGCCCGCCGCCGCCGCUGGGGCUGCAGACGCGCAGCUGGGACGGCGGCGCGGGCGGUGGCGCGGGGCCGUCCUCGGGGUGGGGGCACGGCCACGGGUAUGGCUAUGGUGCGUACGAGGACGGGUAG